AUGAUCGAUAAACCCUCCAUCAGAAUCGGAAACGUAUCCGGCGCAACAGGCGACCACCCCCACGCCAUGGCGCGCAUGCUGCGCUCCGGCAACGUCCAAGUCAUCACGGGCGACUGGCUCUCCGAGAUGAACAUCGCCUGGAACGCAAUCACCAAGCGCGACGUCGACCCGAACCUCGGCUACGAGAACGGCUUCUACGAGCAGCUCGAAGAAUGCAUCGACGACAUCAUGGCCAAGGACGUGCGCGUCGUGACGAACGCGGGGGCGCUCAAUACCGUUGCGUUGUUUGACAAAGUUAAAGAGUUGUGCAGGAGGAAGGGGUAUCCUGAAAGUGUAGUUGCUGCGGUUUUGGGGGAUGAUGUCUCUGGAUUACUCCAGGACCCUUCAAGGAGGGGGAGUUUGAAGUUCCCGCACUUGGAUCAUCCAGAGACCACCCUCGACGAUUGGGGUUUCGAGCCCUGUUGUGGCAACGCGUACAUUGGGUGCUGGGGCAUCGUGGAGGCUCUCAAAGCAGGCGCGCGCAUAGUAGUCUGCGGGCGAUGCACCGACGCUUCGCCAGUGAUGGGCGCCGCGGCGUGGUACUACGGCUGGAGAGAAGACCAGCACCAGGAGCUGGCCGGCGCCCUACUCGCGGCGCACCUGAUUGAAUGCGGGCCGUACGUCGUGGGUGCCAACUUCUCCGGCUUCAAAGACUUCCUCCCGGAGCUGGUCGAUCUCGCGUUCCCUGUGGCGGAGAUUUCUCGCGGCGGAGAGUGCGUUAUCGGUAAGACUACCGAGGGCGGCGGCCAUGUUACGCGGCACACCGUCAGGGCGCAGCUGUUGUACGAGCUGCAGGGCCAUCUCUACCUCAACCCGGACGUAGUGGCCGACUUGUCAAGUGUCCGCGUCGAAGAGCAGAAAGAUCCCGGGGAAGAUCGUGUCAGAGUAUGGGGUGCCAAAGGGCUUCCGCCACCGCCGACAACGAAGGUCAUGUUCGCCGCCGAAGGCGGGUAUCAGGCGGAGGCGACAUUCUACAUCAACGGACUUGACGUGGACGAGAAGGUGACGAUGAUGAAAAACCAGCUAGGAUACCUCUUCAAGGACAGCAACUUCAGCAGGCUGAGCAUCGAGCAGUACGGAACACAAGCCCGGAACCCUAGCUCUCAGCAGGCGGGCACCGUGCAGCUUCGUGUCUUUGCGCAGGCGCGAAAGAAGGAGGAUAUUGCGGCCGUCAACUUCAAGAUUCCGAUCUAUGCUGUGAGAAUGCAGAGUUACCCCGGCUACCACAUGUCGCUAGAUUUCCGAACGAUGGACCCGAAGCCGUUCAUGGAGAUGUUCCCGGCAUUGGUACCACAGUCAGCUAUUGAUCAUCAAGUGCUUCUGGCCUCAGGCAAGCUGAUCUCCGUUGCUCCGCCUCAGAACACUGCGAUAUAUAAGAUUGAGAGGCCAUCCGCAGACACGGCAGAUCCAAUCGACAUCAUCUCCUUGGGCACGACAGAUUUUGCGCCUUUGGGAACCAUUGUCCACGCUCGUUCUGGAGACAAGGCCGACAACUCGAACGUGGGCUUCUUCGUUCGCAAUGAGGAUGAGUAUCCCUGGCUGCGGACUAUCUUGACCGUGAGUCGGCUCAAGCAGUUGUUGGGUGAAGACUGGUACAAGAAUAAUCCAAACCGGAGGGUCGAACGGGUUGAAUUCCCCGGGAUCAGUGCUGUGCAUUUCCGAAUCCUGGACAACUUGAAUGGAGGAAUUGCAUCCUCGGAUAGAAUAGAUGGCUUGGGCAAGGGGAUCGCGGAGUACCUACGGAGUCGAUACGUCGAGGUGCCGCGAAGAUUCUUACAGCGGGGCAGGAUUUGA